UGGAGGGGAGGAGCGCGCACUUUUUCCUCAUUUCACUACUACGUUAUCUCGCCGUCACGUUCACGCUUACAUCACCUCGUCGCAACAUCUGGCCGCCGUUUCCAAACUUUAGGCUACAAUAUCUGACACUUCCGACUCAUCUACCGCGAUUCUCCUGCUUUUGAUUUUCUGUUUCAACGCCAACCAUGUUGAUUAUUUUGGCCUUCAUCAUCCUCUUCCAUGUCGUUUCAGCAAUAUUACUCUUCAUAGCAACCAUCAGUAAUGCAUGGUGGGUUACAGAUAAGUUCACCAUGGAUCUCUGGUACCACUGCAACACUACAGACUGUUAUGAUAUACCACAAAGUGCAAGCAAUGAAGCAGCUUAUCUUCAGGCUGUGCAGGCCACUUUGGUACUGGCCACUAUCUUGUGCUGUGUGGGCUUCUUCGCCUUUAUCCUUCAGCUCUUCCGUCUGAAGCAAGGGGAGAGAUUCGUCUUCACAGCGAUCAUUCAGCUCUUGUCCUCGUUUUGUGUGAUGACGGCUGCAUCCAUCUACACCGCAGAGCACUUAAACUUCAAGGACAAGGAGUUUGAGAAGGGGGACUAUGGGUACUGCUUUGUCGUAGCCUGGGUCGCAUUCCCCAUGACGCUGCUUAGCGGCUUGAUGUAUCUAGUGCUAAGAAAACGCAAAUAAAGCACAACACUCCACCUCACUAGCUGCCACCGGCUAAAGCCUUAGCGAAGAGACUUUAUUUGUGAUGACACUUGUUUUUUAUAUGUAGAUUAAAUACAUGCCAAGUUAAAAUAAGAAGUAGAUAACUUUUAAUAUUAAUCAUUGCAUACUGGAAACUUAAUUAGAUUUUUGUCAUGUUAGCUUAUGUAGUUUUAACAUCGUUGUGUAUAAUUUUGUUCUGCCAGCCUCUUUGGCAAAAAAUGUGCUGUGCUGUGAUUUAGGAAAGAAAAAUAGGGUGUAGAGAAAAGAAGACAAAUGCGGCAGGUAUCUGUAAUGGCAAAUAUUUAUAACGUGGAACCACUAUAGGCUAGACAGCCUACCUGGCCUACAGGUAUUCAUAGAAAAUGCAUGAGGUGAAAUUGGCCGUAGUACUAUCGUCUGUUUCGCACUGCACUCGCAAGCGGCAGGUAUUCAUUUUGCUGACCAUGUUAACAAAUUACAGUGUGAGCAGCGUGGUGCCGCGUAGUACGUUGAGUUUUUUUACAGCUGAACUCGACAGAAAAUAUGUUGAAAUGCAUUAUAAACGUAUUCUUUGCAAUGUAAGCUUUUGUGAAACAACAGAAAAUAAUGGAGGGAACUACGCACCCGGUUAAAAACAUGUUUGUCAGGCUUGAUGCAAGUUACACACAAACAGAACUUUCUGCUUUGUAACCUGAUGCACUUUGUAUUGAGUAAAUGAUGUCAGAACAUUCGUUUUCGGAUGAAUUAUCCUUUUAAAUGUAAUUCAUUUCAUUAAAUUAGAUUUUACAACUAUCAAGUUUGUAGUAAUUGUUCAGAUUACUGUUUUUCAUGUAGUCGCAGCAAAAACGAGGGUGUCAUUUGUCUGCCUUUGUACUAGCGUACAUUUCCACUGCCAUAUUUUAAGUGAAGGUUAAGGUGCGUGAGCAUUUUACAUAAAUUCCUACGGAGGUCAAUCCUCCUUGAAAGCUUGAUGUUCAUACAAACGUAUUGAAAACGUAUCAACACGCAGCUGCUUCACUUACAUUAUAUGCUGCUAAUGCCCGCGGUGUGAAACAGGCCUUAGCGAGAAGUAAACAACAAUCCGGUGUGACGUUUCAGCGAGGAACAGCCUGAUUGUGUCUGGAUAAAAGUUAUUAAACACAACAUAUGACAUUUUAUAGUGCUGCCAAUUUGCUGAGCACUAUAUCAUACUUGAAGCUGAACAAAUUGUCAAUAUAAGUGGCACGAUGUGUUCUGUUGUAUAGUAAUUUUGUAAAAUAAUAGUCUUUUAGCGUUAACUAAUUAUAUAUUGCAUGUUUUAUUUGUAACUUUUAGUUUGAAAUCAAUAUUAACAUGAAUCUGUAGUUCUUUAGGCAUUGUAGUUACUAAACUUGUUUGAUUAGGGCAUAUAGGAUUUAUGGUAAUGGUGUUGAUGAAGGACACCAGCAGUUACACUUUUUCCCUGUUUGUAUGUAAUCUUUUCAUCUGUAAAACUGCUAUGGAUAAAACAAUGAUCUAAAAUAAGGCAAAAGUGAAAUUAAGCUGUAUUUAUUAAGACUAACUGCAUUGUCUGUUAAUAUUUUUGUAAUGAAGUAUUAUUUCAACAGGCCUGAACGUGUUGCUUUAUCGCUCGAUAAGGUUUUAAUGAAUAUUAGUGAAGGCUUUUAUAAUUGGAAUGAAACUACAAUGGCAGCUUUUGCUUUUUAUUGUCUGCCGACUUGUUUGGGUGUGUUUUGUUUCCGGAGACUGAUCCCCACCAAGGGCUCGAUAUUUUUUCUGUUUUAAUCAAAUAAAUGUAUUUUACAUUA